AGUGUUCGUCCGUCACCGUUCGUCGCCGAUCGUCCGAACGGCAUAACAUAAUAUCGUUACGGUAUCUAUAGUAGUGAAAAUAAUAAUAAUAUAAUAAUCGUAGUUUCUAUAGGACCCCGCCUGACCUGACGCCUAUCCGUCGUCCGAGUUCCGUUCCCGAGUCGUCGUCGUUCCACUAAUAACGCGCACGACCGUUAUCAGAACAACGUGCAUACCCGAUUUCAGCGGCGGUGUCUGGACAUGUGCGACCCCAGCGAACCCGGUUAAGCGAGACACACACGCCGGCGUGCGCCCACCCGCACCCGCUGCAGGGAACCGCGCACGUCAGACCGAAGGCCGACUCUAUAGCUGUCCGCGCGUACACAGGGCGACCGUAGACGUGAUGCCUGCGGUCCGCGAGUCGUGCCGUUCGAAUUGAAACCCGGUGAAUGGGACUAUGGGAAUUUGUCUGGACACAGACAAAAUUCCCGAUGACGAGCAUUUUAAAAAUGGUUCCAAAGAUAGACAAAAUUGGGAAGCAGAUGACAUUGACAAUUCAAACAGAAAUGAUACUGGAAUGUUCGCGUACACAAACGGUCACGUCAAAUUUGACACGCCGAAAGUUCCAGUAAUUUUCGUACUCGGUGGACCUGGAAGUGGCAAGGUCACGCACUGUGACAACUUGAUGAUAGAAAAGCGCGGUAUUGUCCAUAUUAACAUGACCGACUUACUACAACAGUACACAGUUGGAAACGAUAUGGAAGACUUCAGCAAACUUUCCAGUAAAACAGUUACUGAAGUAUUGAUGUUGGAGUUGAAAAUGUCUCCUGCAGCCAAAACGUUUUUGGUAUCGGGAUUUCCAAGAAAUAUGCGCGAUGUAGUUGAAUACACAAAUAAGAUCAAAAUCGUAAACGGCGUUAUUCUAAUAUCGUGGAAUCAAAAUGUGUUGGAACGACAAAUCGAUUACGGUGCAAAAUUAGGGCAUGUCGUUUUAAGUCUGGCCAGAAUGGAGUUGAACAACUUCUACAAAAAUGUCACUCCGGUGUCGGACUUUUACGACCAGAGGGGAAUGCUCAUUUCGGUGAACGGCGAACGGAGUCCGACGGAAGUGUAUAACGACUUCCGGUCUUCGGUACUGCAAAUAUUGAGCGCCUACAAAAGCCCUGCGCCAGUUGUAGUGGCUAACGGUACCGUGCCUGCAGACAAUCCGGGUACCGAACAACCGGAAGUCGACGCCGCCGAGCGUCCAAACAGCCACCUCUCUGUCAAUCUCGUGCCGGAACCACGGGCCACAGACCGCGUCUCGGAACCACGGGUCGCGGACCACGUUUCGGAAACGGAAACGUUUCCGCGAGUCAUUUUCGUAGUAGGUGGCCCCGGCAGCAACAAGAGUUCACUGUGCCAAAAAGUGCUUAGGGCCAACGCCGGUUGGGGGCAUGUCAGCGUUGGACCUUUAAUGAGAUCUCUGGCGUCGUCUCAAGAGCCGCUGCAAGAAACGAUAAGCAGUGGAUACAUCCUCGAAGAGUCGAUAGUUCACGAAAUAUUAGAUAAAGAGUUACUCAAGUAUAAUAAUGCAGAGGGUAUAGUGAUCGAUGGUUAUCCAAGGAAUAUUGGACAGCUCAACUAUUUUGAAAAAAAGUAUGCUCAACGGCCGAAGUUGAUACUAUUGGAUUGCUCAAAGUUGCAGUUAGGUCGCGGAAGGUUAGACGACAGCGUGUCGGCGUUUCGCCGGCGUCUGCAGAGUUUCCGCGAACAAACUCUACCGAUGCUCAAGGCACUGGAUAAAGACAACCGCUUAGCCGUAGUGGACGGUAACACCGACGACAAGCGCGUGCAAGAGACGUUCAUCAGCACUCUGGUGGAGACGAUGAAGGGAGAGAAUUUUCCGGUUUACCAUCGGGACGACGACGACGACACCGAUCCGCGCCGGGACACGGAAAAGCGAACCACGUCGACGGCGGCGGUGGCGGGGCACGCGGUUACGGGGCCGGCGGUGCCGCGUCAAAACGGUCAUCUACCGAACGACACCAACGAAGAGCACGACAAUCGCGGACAGACUAUGCGUUACGACGUGCGGAACAUGUACGCUCAAAUAGGAUCAUAUGCCAACGAUCCGUCGCUGUACAACCCAUAAACACUGUAAUUGCCGUAAACCAAUGACAUUAUUAUUAUUAUUAUUCUCAUAAUAUCAUAUAAUAUUAUAAUGUUGUUGUAGAGUUACGCCCAAACUUCGUAGGCAAACAACACGCACAGCGGCGCUCACUCUAUAUAAGACGUAUAGGCGUGCGCAGGACUUCGCGAUCCCACCGGUUUUCCUCAUUUUGACACUGGCGAAAUGUGCGCGAGGUAAACGCGAUGCGCUCGUUUUAUCGCGUUCGGCUGUUUCGCGGAGACGAAAACGCGUCCUUCGGUAUCGAGACGCAUUUAUUAUAAUAUUAUAUAGGUAAAAACGGGUUGUGACUAAUUUAUAGUCUAUAGACGAGAUGAUAUUAUAAUACUAUCCAGUGGCGUAGUCAAGGGAGGGAGGGCCAAACGGCCAAAGGCCCGUAUUUUUUAUAUUGUUUUAAAACAUUUAAAUCUAAACAUGAAAAUUUUAGUUAUUUAAAAUAGUAUAAAUACGUCAACGACAAAUCAAUGUUAAUAUGUUAUCAGCAUUUUUGUUUUGUUGCUGUUUUUUAUUUUCAAUAACUCAAGUUAAAAGUAUUUAGUCCCCCCCCCCCCAUCAAAAAAUUCUAGCUACGCCUUCGAUGAUAUCUAUUUAUGUGGGCUGUGUCGUUACUGCUGAUUGAGCGAUGUACACGGUUGUGUAUGGCCCAACGCCAGGGGUGUCUCCGUGGGGUGGGAUAUGUGGCCAGUCGUCCUGACUCCUGUGGCACACCUUGUAGGUUUUUAAGAAAUUUCUUAGUGUUUAUAGUUAAUUUUUCUGUAACUGAACCGUUUUUUACUAUAUGUCAAUGUAAAUACGAUAAUAAUAUCGAGAACGAUUAAUGCGUACCUAUCCAUACGAAUUACUAUAUAGGUGAUAAUCAAAUUAAAUUAUUACAUUUUAAUAGAUAUUAUAUUUUAUUUAGUUGUAUUUAUAAUAUUGAGCGAGAGGUUAAAAUCGUCUAUCCGUAACCUCUUGAGAGGACGUUAUGUCGUACACGCACACGUUGUCUAAUUAACGCACAAGUCAACAUAACAAAUUUUACGUUUAAAAUAAUCCAUUUUAUUCUGUUGUUUUUAAUAUUAUAUUAUUAUGGUAUUUUCACCGGUUAGGUAAGAAUAUUAUUUACGGCACCGGAAGAGAGUGUUUUGAUAGUUUAAUUUUAAAACAUGUUAUGAGUGUUUUAAAAAAUGUACAUUUUUUUUUUAAUUUUAAAAUACUCGUCCAUCCAUAACUUGUUUUAAAAUUAGAAUAUCAAAAAAAAAAAAAUGCUUACGAUUGACAUUAAAUAAUAUUUUUACGCUUAACUAUUUGAUGAAUGGUCAACUCACUAUAAAAUUCAAAAUAACAGAGUAAAAUGAAUUAUUCUGAACGUAAAAUUUGAUAUGCUUUAAUAAAACGAAUACAAUACAUGUGGGUACGGCGUCCCAUACUCCCAUUAAAGUCUAUUUAUAAAAACAAAUAUAUAUUUUAUAAUAAUCAAUCAAAAACUAUAAUAUGCAAAGACUGAGUUUAUAUCUUGAGUUUUCACCGCUCCUUCAAAUGGGUCAAGGACGCUCCUGGUGUAAACGGUAUACGCGUGAAUACGUCUGUCAAUAAAAAAAUCCAUCUAUUUUUAGACAUCUCGAAUUGCUAAAUAAUUGUAUUACUUUUCGUUUGAUUAACAUAUUAUUAUUGGCGGACAUUCCAUAUUUCAAUUCUAUUAUAAAUUCAUUAUUUUUUUUUUUUUAACUAUCCGUAAUAUAUACGGUAAGCUUUAUUACAGAUAAGCUAUAUUCAUCGGUGUCGACUAAAUCCGAAAUAAACUGACAGGUGCAACGAAAGGUGAGAACACCAUUCGCUGCACGGCCGUGCGCACGCUUAUGCUUUGAGAAAUGCAAAUUACCAUCCGUCGCGUGCCACACGGAUCGAAUGCCAAACGGCGCGCCGAUCGCGGAAAUCGAGUCUUUAAUAUAACUAUACGUACUACUUCUGUUAUAAUAAUAAUAAUGAAAAUGGUAAUAGAACAACUACGAAUAUGUUUUUUUUUUUUUAAUAUGUUUGUUUCGUCUGUGUUUUUAUUUUUUCUGCGAAUGCGACAACAUUGAAUAACUUGGUGUACAAAUAAAUGUGAUGAGUAAUGAUCAAUUCGUUUGUAUAUUGUCAUGUACUUUUGAUAUGUUUUUAUUGUUAUAUAUUCUACUUGAAUAAAAAUGAUUUUUGUCAUUUUA